CAAUACCACCAUUUUUUAUGUGACAUUUACUUGGUACACAAAAAUAUUUUUCUAUCGCGGCGUUUAUUUAGAAAAUCUUUCAAAAUUUUUAAAUCCGACUAUAAAAAAAUGGUGAAGAGCACACCAAAAGAAACUGGCUUUGUAGUGGAAAAAAUUGUUGACAAACGAAUUACUCCGGAGGGUAAAGUUGAAUAUUUUAUCAAGUGGCGCGGUUAUCCUAACACGGAUAACACUUGGGAGCCGGAAGAGAAUUGCGAUUGUCCAAAACUAAUGCAGAAGUUCGAAGAAUCCAGAGCCAAAUCUAAGAAACGUGGUGAAAAGAAACCUAAGGUAGAGGAAAUACAAAAAUCCCGGGGUUAUGAAAGGGGUUUACCCAUAGAACAAAUUGUGGGAGCCACUGAUACAAAAGGUGACAUUUUCUACUUGGUGAAAUGGCAGUUUUGUGAUGAAUUCGAUUUAGUACCCGGUGCGGAGUUGAAGCAAAAGAAUCCAGAGUUUAUAAUCGACUUUUAUGAGAAACGCUCUAUUUAUCAACGAAAUAUAAAUGACCGUCUACUAGGUGUGCCGGAUGAAUUAAGAAUCUUAAAUGCAGAUGGAAAUAUGGGCUUAUCAAGCGUACCAACUAUAGCGGAUGCGGCUGCAGACACAGUAGAUAUUACCAUGCAACAAGAUUUAAAUGAAAGUGGAAACAGUGUCGACAGCAAUGCGGUUUCGUAUUCUAUACCAGUACCGGGUGUUGGUAACAUUGCCAUUGACGUGCCCAUUAUACAACCUGUUGUAUAAAUAUGUUCGUAUGAUUGAAAUGGACAUUUUUUCUUUUAAUUUCUAAUUCUUAAGUUUGGAAAUCCCAAAAAGCUUGUAUGAUAAAAAAUAAAAAAAAAUAUUGGCAUGUA